UAUCUGUUCCACAUCUUGUUGGCGCAUCUCUAUUUACAUCUAUAUCCCCGGUGUAAGUUACGCACCGCCGAGCUACAAUUGGAUGUUGAGUCUGUGGCAUGUCCAAUGCAGACGCGCUGACACACGCAGCUCUGCCGCCUCCAGCACAUGCUGGACGAGUGGGCGGCCUGCCGUGUGCACAUGACUGCACAGAGAGAGAGGAGCUCUGCACAAUACACCGCACUACAAGCUGUGGAGAGUGACUACGCCACAACCAAGACAGCAAAACUGUAGCGGCAGUCAGAGUCUCUGUGCAGCCGAGACGUUGCAGAAAGACGUCCUUAUGGCCAGGACAAGGAGUCUGUCGUGCUGACUGGCAGAGACAUCUACUCAGCGAGUUUGCAGGAGUCACGCUCAACCACGGGGCUAUUUUUGGUCCAGCUGUCAAAUGACGAUGACAGGCUGUUCGUGCAGCAGAGAUGCUGGUUAAGGGGGAAAACCGGUUGCCAUAAACAAAUUUGGUAGCAUGUCAGGGCCGGAUAUGGAUAUGGAUGAGGAACCUGCUUACAGACUCUACUUCUACUCUGCCUCUUUCCAGCGGUCCAACAGCCAUGACAAGGUGAGGAAGAUCGUGGCCGAGGAAGGCCGGGCUGCUCGAAACCUCAUCGCAUGGAGCGUCCCAGUCGAGAGCAAGGAGGAAGAGGCUAAGUUGAAGAAUCACGGAAAUGGCAAUGCAAGAGCUCAACGAAUCAACUCUGGGCUCCACAGGAACAAAAAACAGAACUUAUCACUGGACUGCAAAAACGCACCUGUGGCGAUACUGGACAAAGGUCCUGAGAAGAGCCCCACCAAAACUAGACAGCCACGGAAGGUGGACCUCCGAGCGCGAUACUGGGCCUUUCUUUUCGAUAAUCUCCGGAGAGCAGUGGAUGAGAUCUACGUCACCUGUGAAUCCGACCAGAGCGUGGUGGAGUGCAGGGAGGUGCUGAUGAUGUUGGAUAACUACGUCCGCGAUUUCAAAGCUCUAAUUGACUGGAUCCAACUACAGGAGAAGCUGGAAAAAACAGACGCUCAGAACAGGCCUACGUCUUUGGCUUGGGAAGUUCGAAAGAUGUCACCAGGGCGACAUGUAAUGUCCAGCCCCUCGUCAGACCGUAUUGUUCCAUCACCUGGCGUUCGGCGUGCACUCAAUUUUGGUGGUCCCCCUCCCACUUUGGCUGUGGCACGUCUCUCGCACAGUGGACCAAGCUGGGCUGACCGAGUCAAGUGUUCCCAGUCACUUCCUGUCUCCAGCCCAAGUGUCAACAUCCCUGCUGAAAAACCAGCAAAGAAAGAUGCAGAGGGCUGGGAGACCGUGCAGCGUGGGCGCUCCAUGAGGCCACGCUCCAUCACCAUGGUGGCUAAGGUAAGCCCCAUUCUGGCCCAUGUCAGCCCCAAAGAUGACAGCGACAAGGAGAACCAGCACCUCCAGCCCUCACCUCAGAAAAAAUCUCAGGAGGUGAUGGAACAAGAGCAACCUCUACCCCAAGAGCAGAGACAAGAGACGGAAAAGACCUCCGUCAUCGAGUCCCCAGCAGAAAGUAUUGAAGAGCCAGGGCAGAGUGUCAGCGCACCCUCUGAGGACACGCCACCCUCCACCUCUGACCCCACGCCACCCCCUACCUCUCCGCCUUCGCAAGCCCAGUGCCCGGAAUGGGAUUCCGAUCCAGGUCCUCCUUCUGUAACCCUUUGCCAAACAGAGGAGCCAGGUACUGGGCAAGCCAAAGUAGAGCAGGGGAUGGAUGGGUCGGUGUGGAAGGUCGCGGCACCGUCAGAAAAGGUGGAGGCAGCAGUCUACGUUCCCCUGGCAGCGAUGACACUGGAGAGCAUGCUGGACCCCACAGAACUUUCCACCCCCCAAUCCAUGGCUGAAGUUUUGGCUAAGAAGGAAGAGCUGGCUGACCGCCUGGAAAAAGCUAACGAAGAGGCGAUUGCAAGUGCCAUCGCUGAGGAGGAACAGCUGACGCGUGAGAUCAAGCAGAGAACAAUGAACUGGAGACCGAGAGCGACUUCUCUGCAGGUAUCGGGAGUGGCAGUUGUGGCUUGAAUUUAGACUGGAGUGAGAUGCUAGCUGAUUAUGAGGCUCGAGAGCCUUGGCGUCAGAAUACCUCCUGGGGUGAAAUCGUGGAGGAGGAGCCGGCCCGCCCGCCCGGUCACGGCAUUCACAUGCACGAGAAACUGUCCUCACCUUCACGCAAACGGUAACCGUUUCA